GUGCAGAGUGGCGACCAAGGGUGGAUAGCUUACCUUAAAAAGUGCACGACAUGAUCCCCACCAAAGGUACUACCACUCUAACACCCCAAGAAAUCCUAUAAUUAUGAUAUUUAAGAUAGAUCAGGAAUAAAUUUAUGUCUCCAGAGAUAACACAAUUUCAGGCCAUCAAUGAAUAAAUACUAUAUAUUCAAGGUUGAAGUUUCCAUUAAGUACAGUUAUCAAUUUGCCUUGAUUUUCCAGCUAAGUACAUUUAUUUAUUUGCCUUUAAUAUCCAGCCUUUUCAGUGCCAGAUUAGGAUAGUCCUGCGUCAGAAGACAGGCAUGAGAUCAGGCAGCACAUCAUUAAAGAGCAAUGGGGGUGGGUGUUUCCCGCUGGGAUUCCUAUGUUCCAGUUGCUUUCCUUCCGCUACCCCUGCUCUCUCCAUGCAAUGCGAGGCAUGUAGACAGAGGUCCAUCUCCAAGAACAGGAGCUUCCCUGAGCACCCAUUCCGCUGACCCCAAGUACCAAGCCUUGUCACUAGUUCUCUUACUUACCCAGACCACAGUCCCUGGGAAAGACAUAGACCUGGCUCUCACAUUGUCAGGGGGUCUCUUUACAGAGAGCCCCCACCCAUCAUCUUCACCAGCUCUUCACCCAGCAGCAGCACCAAUAGCGAGUCAGGGGAAAGGAAUGAGGAAGUGAGCAAAGUGGAGAGGGGGCUCUCGCAUGUCACAGAGCCAAGACGCCACUCUAAGGGAGAGCAAGGGGAGGAGGACUUGAGACAGCUAUUGGACACAGGGCGGACGUUUCCUGCGACGCCCAAAUUGAGGCGUGCGUCCACCCGUAGGGCUAGGGGGCAGCGCUUUGGGGUGCCCAGGCUUUUAUGCUGGGCAAAAACCAGGACCAAACCAUUGCGGGGUUCUGACACAGACUGAGCAGUCAUGUUUGCUGAUACUCUUGCACUGUAAAUAGUAUGCACAAUAAAACUCUGAUAGACAAGACAGAGUGGAGCAUCUUUACUCAAGAGUAGCCGCAUCCUUCUCUAACAGACAUAAUGGUCCAUAUGGACCUCCUGAGGCCAAUGGGACCGUGCAGGUGAUUCAUGAAGAUCUAGGGGGGGAUGGAUGGAUGGAGGAUUAUGAUGCAGAGGAGGGGAAAUGUCCAAGGGAACAAUGAACCAGAGAAAGAGACAGAGAGCAGCUGCCUUUCCUGUGAGGAAACAAUGAAUUUGUAAAGCUGUAUUCCCAGAUCAUGCUGCUUUAUUAACAAUAUGAGGAUUGUGAAAUGUCGCUGAUGUAUUACUAUCAUUUGACAUCAUUGCAUUUUCAUUUCCUAGAAAUCGGGGACAUAUGUAGGAAAUAAGAGAAGCUGCUAAUAGUCAUUGAUGUGCUCUCUUUCCCUUUGUUCUCUUCCUUGAAACCAAAACAGGAUUUCCUUUCCUCCCGCUCGGAAAAAGAGAAGGCAGUCAGAAUUCUGGGAGACGGGGAAGCUUUCGUUUCAUUAGGAAUAGCCAUUAAAAUGUGUGAAAUGUGGAAUAUGCUUCACUGAAUGAGCACACAUAGCUCACAUCAAUGAACUCAAACAGGAGAGAAACCAUUUAAAGGUAUGGAGAGCGGGAAAGGUUUCACUGAUAGUGGAAAACUUAGAACACAUCACCGGACUCACAUGGGCAAGAAACGAUUUCAAUGCAGGGAGUGUGGAAAGAACUUCAGUCAGAAUGGAAACCUUACAUUACAUCAACGGACUCACACAGGGGAGAAACCUUUUAAAUGCAUAGAGUGUGGAAAGAGCUUCAGUCGGAGUGGACACCUUAGAGGGCAUCAGCGGGUUCACACAGGGGAGAAACCUUUUAAAUGUAUGGAGUGUGGAAAAAGCUUCAGUUACAAUGGAAACCUUAAAUUACAUCAACAGACUCACACAGGGGAGAAACGUUUUAAAUGCAUGGAGUGCGGAAGGAACUUCAGUCAGAGUGGUAACCUUAGAAGCCAUCAACGGAUUCACACAGGGGAGAAACCAUUCAAAUGCAUGGAGUGCGGAAAGAGCUUCAGUCAGAAUGGAAACCUUAAAUUACAUCAACAGACACACACAGGGGGAAAACCUUUUAAAUGCAUGGAGUGCGGAAAGAACUUCAGUCAGAGUGGACACCUAAGUCUACAUCAACGGGCACAUACAGGGAAGAAACCAUUUAAAUGUAUGGAGUGUGGAAAGAGCUUCAGUCGAAGUGGUGAACUUAGAAUACAUCAACAGACUCACACAGGGCAGAAAUUAUUUAAAUGCAGGGAGUGUGGGAAGAACUUCAGUCAGAGGGGACACUUAUCUUCACAUCAACGGACACAUACAGGCGAGAAACCUUUUAAAUGUAUAGUGUGUGCAAAGAGCUUCAGUCGCAUUGAAAACCUUAAAGUACACCAACGGACUCACAUGGGUGAAAAACCAUAUGAAUGUAUGGAGUGUGGAAAAAGUUUCCGUUUCAAUGCAAGCCUUAAAACACAUCAACGGACUCACACAGGAGAGAAACCAUUUAAGUGCAUGGAGUGUGGAAAGAGCUUCUGUCAGAGUGGACACCUUAGAAACCAUCAACGGACUCACACAGGAGAGAAACCAUUUAAAUGCAUGGAGUGUGGAAAGAGCUUCAGUCAGUUUGCAAACCUUAGAAAACAUCAACAGACUCACACAGGGGAGAAGCUAUUUAAAUGCAUAGUGUGUGGGAAAAGCUUCUGUUUCAAUGCAAACCUUAAAACACAUCAACGGACUCACACAGGAGAGAAACCUUUUAAAUGUAUGGAGUGCGGAAAGAGCUUCCAUUACAAAGCAAAACUUAAAACACAUCAACAAACUCACAGAGGGGAGAAACCUUUUAAAUGCAUUGAGUGCGGAAAGAGCUUUAGUCAAGCUGUGCAGCUUAGAGCACAUCAACGGACUCACACAGGGGAGAAACCAUUCAAAUGUAUGGAGUGCGGAAAGAGGUUCAGUAAGAGUGGAAACCUCAAUAUACAUCUACGGACUCACACAGGGGAGAAACGAUUUAAAUGCUUGGAGUGCGGAAAGAGCUUCAGUUUCAAUGCAAACCUUAGAACCCAUCAACGGACUCACACAGGGGAGAAACCAUUUAAAUGUAUGGAGUGCGGAAAAAGCUUUAGCCAGAGUGGACACCUCAAUAUACAUCAUCGGACGCACACAGGGGAGACAUCAUUUUAAUGAAUGGAGUGCGGAAAAGCUUCAGUCAGUGGAAAUCUUAGAGUAAGACAUCUAUAGACACAGAGGAGGGGAAAGCAUUUAAAUACAGUGGUACCUCUACUUACGAAUAACGCUACUUACGAAUGUUUCUACUUACGAAUGGAGCUCCGUCCGCCAUCUUGGAUGCGGUUUAGAUAGGAUUUUUUUCUACUUACAAAUUUUUAGAUAGGGUUGCUUCUACUUACGAAUUUUUUCUCCCAAUGCAUUCCUAUGGGAUUCGACUUACAAAUUUUUUCAACUUACAAAUGUGUGUUCGGAACGCAUUAAAUUCGUAAGUAGAGGUACCACUGUAUAUGACUUCAGUCGAAGUGGAACCCUUGAUUUACGUCAACAAACACACACAAGAGACAAACCAUGUAAAUGUCAGGAAAGUAGGUAGAGGGUCAGUCCUAGUGGAAGUCUUACAUCAACAGACUCAUGGACAGGAAGAACUUUUAGAGUUGAAACCCUACGAACCAUUAACAAACUCAAAGAGGAGAAGCAGCUUAAAUGGAAAGAUGGCAGAAAGUCCUUUAGGCACAAUGGAGUGUUUAAGAAACAUCUGGGGACUCUCACGGGGGGGGGAGAAUCCAUUUAGAUGUAUGGAGUGCAGAAAAUGUUCCUCUCAGAGUCCACUCUUUUCUUCACAGCAAUGAACUCAGCAGGAAAUAAUUGUUAAACCCAUGACGUGUAUCUGGUGUUUAUAUGUAAAACUGAACUGUAAUGAAAUAAUGAAGGUAACAUCUCAAAAUAGUGAGUAUAAUUUUAGAUGUAAGGUACCUGGAUAUGUCCGUAGCAAAAGGAAGUGUGCCUGACUGAGAUAUCCUGUGUGCUGUAUUUUUGUACUGCGGAAACUGGAUUUGCUAUCAGGAGCUAAGUUUUGUGCUUUACUGGGGACCCAGUCAGGCCCGUCCUAGCCAUAGAGGGUAGUGGCGCGGAGAACCACGGCGCCGGGAACUGAAGGGCCCUGGAGGGCGCUGAAAGGGUGCCAAGUGAGUGCAGGGUUCUGGCAAUCUGGCAAUCUGGCAAUCUGGCAAUCUGCCUCCUUCUUGUUUCCCCAGCGCUGGGUUCUGCUCAGUCGAGCUUCGCCACCAGCGCGCGCACAGCGCCGAAGCAGCUCUUGCUGGUCACUGGUGGCGAAGCUUGACUGAGCGGAACCCAGCGCUGGGGAAACGAGAAGGAGUCGCAGCGCGGAGUCCUCGGAGGUGGCCUCCCGCUGCUGCCGCGAUCCACUUGGCACUCCCGGGUCCUUGGAGAGGCUCUGGAGGGGGGCGCUGGAGGGACCUUAGCGCCAGGGCGCUGGAUGGGCUUAAGACGGCCCUGGACCCAGUGAGAACUGUAUGUUUUGAAAUCUCAGUAAACUGUUACUGAGCUGUGUGUUUGUUUUUGACCUCAGUGUGGGAAUUGCUCUACACGCGUCCUCUGCUCCGCUGCUUCUUGGUCUCAUGCCCUGGAGUUGCUGUACUCAAGCAUGCAAGGCGGUUUUUGCACCAAACUCUGUCACUCCCCCCCCCCAACCGCAUGAUCUCCAAACACUGCUUCUUCAUCAGAACUUCAUUCCUGUCCCCUGCACAUUCAAGUUAAAAUACUGUAAUUUAAUGAGAGAUUGUCCCCCAAGCCUUAUUGCAAUAGGGAGGAGGAGGGGAUGCAGGUACCCAACAGAACAUUAAAUAUACAGAGAUUGAGGUCAACAGAAAGCAAAGCAAAACCUACUCCAAAGGGAAGCCGCUUCAGCUUCCAGUCCGUCUGCUCCCACAAUCGCUGAAGAAGACCUGCCGUUUGGGGAUUGCAGAGCUGAAUGGAAGCGGGCAAGGAAGCCCCACAAUCGCUCCUGCUAGACCAUGGGUAGGCAACCUAAGGCCUGAGGGCCAGAUCUGGCCCAUCCACCUUCUCAUUCUGGCCCACAGACGGUCCGGGAAUCAGCGUGUUUUUACAUGAGUAGAAUGUGUCCUUUUAUUUAAAAUGCAUCUCUGGGUUAUUUGUGGGGCAUAGGAAUUUGAUAAUACUGUAUAUAUUUUUCAAAAUACAGUCCGGCCCACCACAUGGUCUGAGGGAUGGGGGACCAGCCCACGGCUGAAAAAGGUUUCUGACCCAUGUGCUAGAGGGAUAGGGGCAGUGACCCCUGUUCUCAAAGGUGAUGGCCAGGAAGGAAUUCCUCCCCACCCUUGUCACAUGCAGCUGCGCUCAUUUGCCAGAGCCACCUCGAGGGCCUAACUACAUUUCCCAUUUAUGUAUAUGGGAAAGGGGGCGGGUUCUCUGUUAUGUUUGUGAUUGUUAUUAAUAAAAUGUAUGCUCCCGAAAGUGUAAAGCCUUGGUUCUAACGUGGUCAUGUUGAUACAAAAAAUUAUCAGUCAGUGCCUGGAAUCCAGCGACUGAGGAUUUGUGUGACUGUCCAGGCUUGUGUGUAUGUUUGUUUCUGGCCGGUGACCUUGGAAGUGUGCUCUCCCUGAGCACAUGGUCUGAGGGGGCAGGGCUUCUGUGGAGUCAGGUGACUAGCUGUGGGCUUAGUUAGUCAGUGCCUAGAGUCCAGCAACUGAGGAGGGAGCACAAGGUGAGCUGAGCUCUAGAAUCUUUCCUGGUAUUGAUGUCAGGCUGACUGGGUAGUAAUUGUUUGGGUCCUCUCUUUUCCCCUUUUUGAAAAUAGGGACAACAUUUGCCCUCCUCCAGUCUGCUGGAACUUCGCCUGUUCUCCAGGAAUUUUCAAAGAUUAUUGCCAGUGGUUCUGAAAUCACCUCUGCCAGUUCUUUUAAUACUCUUGGAUGUAGUUCAUCCUGCCCCGGAGACUUGAAUACAUCUAAACUAGCCAAGUAUUCUUGUACUACCUCCUUACCUGUUCUGGGCUGUGUUUCCCCUGCUGAAUCAUCUGCUCCAUAUUCUUCUGGUUGGGCAUUGUUUUGUUUUUUGGAGAAGACUAAGGCAAAGAAGGCAUUGAGGAGUUCUGCCCUUUCUCUGUCCCCUGUUUGCAUUUCACCAUCUUCUCCUCUAAGUGACCCCACUGUUUCCUUGUUCUUCCUUUUGCUACGGACAUACCCAUAAAAGCCCUUUUUGUUGCUUUUAACCUCUCUGGCGAGCCUGAGUUCAUUCUGUGCUUUAGCUUUUCUGACUUUGUCUCUACACGUGCUGGCUAUAUGUUUGAAUUCCUCUCUGGUGAUUUCCCCCUUUUUCCAUUUUUUGUACAUAUGCCUUUUAAAUCUUAACUCAGUUAAAAGUUCUUUAGAUAGCCACCCUGGCUUCUUUAGGCACCCUCCAUGCUUCCAUCUCAUUGGUAUUGCCUGAAGUUGUGCUUUUAAUAUCUCCCUUUUAACAAACUCCGAACUGUCAUGAACUCCCUUCCCUUUUAGUAUUGCUGUCCAUGGGAUCUCACCCAGCGUUUCCCAAAGUUUUCUGAAGUCGGCUUUCUUAAAGUCUAGAAUUUGAGAAUUUGAGUCUUAGUAUGCUUGGUUGCUCCUUUCCACUGUAUAACCCCAGAAGAGCAUGGUCACUCCCACCUAAUGAUCCUGCCACUUCUACCCCACUAACCAGGUCAUCACGAUUGGUUAGGACCAGUUCUAAAAUGGCUGAUCCUCUUGUUGCUUCUCCCACUUUCUGGACAAUGAAAUUGUCUGCAAGGCUAGUGAGGAAUCUGUUCAAUUUUAUGCUCUUGGCUGAGUUUGACAUCCAACAAAUAUCAGGAUAGUUGAAAUCCCCCAUUACUACUAUCUCGCUUCCUUUUGAAUGCCUGGUCAUCUGUUCCAGGAAGGCAUCAUCUGUGUCCUCAGUUUGGCUUGGGGGUCUAUAGUAAACUCCCACAAUGAGAUCACUGUUAUGUUUCUCUCCCUUAAUUUUGACCCAGAUACUCUCAAUUAGGCUUUGAAGUUUUAAAUCCUGGAUCUCUUCACAGGUAUACACACUCCUGACAUAUAACACUCCUCCUCCUCUUUUCCUGUUUGGUCUAUUUCUCUGAAAUAGAUUGUAUCCCUCUAUUACUACAUUCCAGUCAUGAGACUCAUCCCACCAGGUUUCAGUGAUGCCUAUUAUGUCGUAUUUAGUUUGCUGUACCAAGAGCUCAAGUUCAUCUUGUUUAUUUCCCAUGCUCUGUGCAUUAGUAUAAAGGCCAUUGAAGGCCAUUGAUCAUUCCCCCAUGUCUCUUAUUUAAGGAUAUUUUCCUCCCACCACUAGGUCCUGAAUGUAGGAGUCUAUCAAGUGCUGAAGAUGAUCAUCCAAAUGUCAGGUACCAAAUGGAGCAAACAGCACGCAAACCUAGUGGUGGGAGGAAAAAAUCCUUAUGGAAAGAGCAUGGGAAAUGAAACAAGAUGAACUUGAGCUCUGGGUACAGCAAACUAAAUAUGAUAUAAUAGGCAUCACUGAAACCUGGUGGGAUGAGUCUCAUGAUGAAGUGAAGGGCUGUGAGGGCCAACCAAAGUUGCUGACCUCUUUUUAGGGCUGAAGUUCUUGAGCUUUUUUUUAGUAUUUAAGUUGUUGAGGGUUUUUUUAGGAUUUUACCCCAGGAUAUAAACUGCCACAGGAGCCGGAUUAGGCCCCCUAAACGGACUUUGGACAUGCCUGCCUUAAGGAGAAGGAGCUGCCUUACGAUCUUUUUCACCAUCAUGCCUGACCACUAUUGCUAGUUUGGGGUGAUGGCAGCUAUAGUCCAAAAACAGCUGGAGACCCAAGUUUGGGAAACCCUGUUCACCUUGAAGGAGAAAGGAGGGCUCACUUGCAUCAGAACGUCAGGUGAGCCGUGUAGAAUCAGGCCCAAGGGGCCCCUGUGGAGGGGCUGCAGCUUCCCCGCAUGUGAAGGAGCCAUAGGACCAAUGGGGAGGCAGGUGGUAUUUGGGGGGGGGGUUGGAGGAAUCCGUGAAAAGGAGCUUCUGGAGCCUAUGUUUAGGGAAUCUUUUAAUAUGUGAUGGAAUUCUGUAUUUUAAUAUUUUGUUGGAAGCCGCCCAGAGUGGGCGGGGUAUAAAUAAAUUAUUAUUAUUAUUAUUAUUAUUAUUAUUAUUAUUAUUAUUAUUAUUAUGCAGCUCACUUCCUGCCUGCUCCCCGUAGGAUUCCUGAGCCUCUCCCCUUCUCAUUUCAAGGAUUGGAGGACCUCAGCUUUGCUCUGGGGGGGGGGAGCUAUUUUGUUUGCUGAGGACAGGAGUCACAAUCCUGUCACAUUGCGGGUGUCAGGCUUUGAGAUAAGGGGGUGAGGCUCAGGUGGAGAAAGCAUUGAUAAGGGGGAAAUCCUGGGGUGCGGAUUUACUCCAUGCCACUCCCCGCGGGUCCCUCCGGUCAACAAAUGAAGGAGUCUUCUCUCCAGCCACCUUAAAGAUGCAAAACAGCGGUCAGCAGACCUGAUCUUUAUUUGUUGCAAGAAGGUUCAAACACACCAAGAGUAGGAACCCUGAGAAGAUGGUUGCAUGAACUUUUAACACCUCUCCCCAUUUCCCACAAUCCAUUUUCCAACAGCAUCAUCGAUAUGUCACAAAUACAUCACAAAGUAGGAGUCUUUGCACUUAGAAACAGGAGCCUGUCACCCACCCCUGUCAAUACCCCCAGUUAAACACACCUUUUAACUACCCUUUUCCCCCAAAUAACCAUAACAGUAUUUACACAUCCCCCUGCAAGGCUUUCCUGAGCUUCUCCUUCGAAAGUAUCAGGAUUCAACCCACCAUCGUGAUGGAUUUCUGUCUGGGGCAUGUGCUGCCCUUGAUUGCAUCCUGGCUCCUAAGGGAUUAUGGAGUCAGGGGGAGCUCUGGAUCCCCCUCUUCCAGAGGAGGCAUUAGCCGUGGGAACCAAGGAAAUCCGUCAAACCGCUGAAUUUUGGGGAUUAUUUGAAGUUUCUACAGUUUUCUGUACUGGAUAGUCAGAGGAAACAGCAUGAUUCAUGGAAUCCGCUUAUUGUUACAAUUUUAUAGGCCGCAUUUUAAUGUUUGUUGGAAGUCACCCGGAGUGGCAGGGGAAGCCCAGCCAGAUGGGCGGGUAUAAAUUAUUAUUAUUAUUAUUAUUAAUUAUUAUUAUUAUUUAUUAUUAUUAUUUUCUGAGCCUCUUGGCUGUUGCGCAUGUCUGGUGCCUAUGUUAACGGACAUUGUCCUGGCUUUAGUUAGAGGCUGUGGGGGGGACUUGGGAUUUUGGGGUAGUCGUUUAACUGCCCCCCCCCAAUUCCUGGUUUGAACAGCAGCAAUAACUAAAACACAGACGGAUCUAAACUCAUGGCAUGGGGUGGGGGAGGGAAAUAUUUUGCAAUGUAAACAUUGUGGUGGGACGACCCCACUUUGCAACUGGAUUGCCUGGAUCAGCCCCUCCCCCGCUCUCCUGAUCCACAGAAGGAAGAGGGGAGGGGAAAAACCUUCCUGUCCUGCCCCCCCCGAC